GAAAUAGAAGUGGUAUAAUAAGACUCCGCAUUCAACACCGAGUCUCACCUGAGGUCGCAUUGUUUUGAAGUGUUGACUGUUGAUAAUUUAAUAAGAACAUGCCUGACAGGGCCAGUCGUGCUGUAGGCCUACUCCUACUGGUGUUCCUUUUGUCUGGGACUGGAUCUGGGACUCAGAGCGACAGUAAAAACAUGCCCGGUGCUGUCGAUGAAAACACAUGUAAUACUGAUAUUGAUUUUUUUGAAACUCUACCUGGUACUGGAUUCGAUAAUUUACGUAACAUUGACAUGGGCCAAGUGGUUUUGAAUUCGUACGAAAAUUGUCGAAUAACGGAUGACAAAAAAUACCUAGUACCUGAUAACGUCGUUGUUAUACCUAUCAAACACAGUAACGUGGAAGUCUUUUCUGAGUUGUUUGAACACUGGUUGAACUACACUAGUACAUCAAGCUACUCAAUUAAUGCCGGCGCAUCAUUCUUUUCAUUUAUUAGUGGAAGUUUCUCAGACGAAACAGAAUCCGUAAAGAAACAUCAAGUGUACGAUCAAUCAUCAACAACCCGCGUUCAAGUACGUCAUCAUUUGUAUAAUGUUCGCAUCGACAAUCCAACUUUACAUCCGACGUUUAAGUCACGUGUCCUCGAUAUCGGUGCGCACGAUCAGAAUAAUGAUACACGUAUGGCACGAUACCUCACUCAACUUUUGGUACGAGACUAUGGGACACACGUUGUGACGUCAGUGGACGUGGGUGGAAUUUUUCUCCAGCAAGAUCAAGUCAAAAACACUUUUGUCAGUGAUUACUCUUUAGAAAAACAUCAGGUUAAAGCGGCUGCUAGUGCUUCGUUCUGGAAAAUUUCAGCUGGUGGUGGAUUUGAUACCUCUACAAGUACAGCGGUAUAUGAGUAUUAUAUGACAAACCGCACCUACUCAAAAUAUCAGACGUAUGGUGGUGGUCCUUACAGAGUGAAUGAUACAAUAAAUGAAUGGCAAGAUCAACUGGCGAACAACCUGGUUGCAAUCGACCGGCACGGAGACCCAUUGCACUAUAUGGUUACAACGAACACCUUACCAGAUAUCCCUGAGCCUAUGGUGGACAGUAUCUCAAAAUUAAUAUACAAAGAAGUGAAACGGUAUUAUGAUGUGAACACACACGCAGGCUGCACUAAGAUGGAUUCAUCCAACUUCAACUUCAGAGCAAAUAUAGACGACGGGUCAUGUGUUGCACCUUACAAUAAUUAUACAUUCGGUGGUGUCUAUCAAACAUGUCAGAUGCAACCGGGAUCGAAUGCGGGAGAUCUUUGUCCAAAGUUCUCACAAAAAAAUCCUUUGACAGGUGCCUUCACUUGUUCGGCAGGUUACGAAGCUAUUCAACUAAAUACUGGUCACGAUAGUUACACUACCAGUAGACGUGAAUGCCACAAACAUUGUACUUUAGCUAUAUUCUGUCACGAAUCAUGUGGAAAUGUCUACUACUCAAGCAAAGCUUAUUACGAGACCUUCUGGUGUGUUGCUACUGGGUCGGUACCUGAUGAUACUGGAUACCUGUUCGGUGGUGUCUAUACACACACCAUGGUGAAUCCAUUGACAGAGACCCAAGGGUGUCCAAACACCUUUCUACCUUUGCAGAUGGGUGCUGAACUUUUUGUAUGUGUCAGUGAUGAUUAUGAACUAGGCUACAGAUAUUCUCUUCCAUUUGCUGGUUUCUUUAGUUGUUCUGCAGGAAACCCAUUGGCAUUGCCCGGCAGGAAGCCUUCUGCAUCAGACAGCAUAAGUAAAGAACCGGUUAAUACUCUUGCAAAGUUCUUCCAGGAAGCAGGUCCAACGGGCUGGCCUCAGCGAUGCCCAACCGGGUAUAGUCAACAUCUGGCGGCCAUAGACAAUGAUUGUCGUAUUGACUUCUGCAUCAAGGCAAACGCCCUGUCACACUUGGGACUUCCACCAAUUCAACGUCCCCCAUACACCAGAAAGCCUGGUCGUAAUCCAAAUACAACUGAAACAUUGUACAUUGUUGGUCCAGCCUCAAAGGUCUGGGUGAAAAACACGACAAGCCAGACAUGGCAGGUAAUGAUUGAAAGUCAAGCUGAAACAUUUUUGAUGACCGACGCAGGGAAAUAUGAGUCAGGGAAAAAAUUUAGUGCGUCGAAGGCCGUCGGAAUCACUAUCGGUGUUCUAGUUGUUAUUGCCACUGCUGGUUUUGUUACUACAAAAAUUGUCAAGAAAAAAAGACAUUCAGUUCCACGACCGCAAGAACGUAGAAACGAUUAUGGUACACUAAUAACACAGGAUCAAAUGAAUGAAUCAGAAACUACUAACGUCCAUAUUGAUCCGAAUUAAAAUCUGCUGGUCAGAAUUGCCGAAUUAUAAAGAAAAUAAUAUAGAUAUCAGGUUGAUGUAGUAAAAGGCAAAGUUUGAUUAAGAUCAGAAACAUUUUUACCCAAUAGCAGAUUACUGUAUCAAAAGCGUUUAUUGCAUCGAAUUAUUGAUCAGAAAUGCAUUCUGCUGGUUAGAGAAUUAUUAAAUUAUGAGUAUCAACUUUAAAUUACAUAUAACGAUUUGUUCAGUUCACCAGCCUAAAUAGAAAUAGGAAUGUGUCCAGAAAUUUGAGGCUAGGUUGAGAGGGAAAAAAAAUUUCUGUAGUGUACAACCGAUUUAUAUACAAAAAGGG